AUGUCAAAAUAUAAUAAAGAUUCGUCUAUUAUUAUUAUCGGGUCAGGUGUAUUUGGUUUAUCAACGGCUUAUAACUUAUCCAAUGAAGGUUAUAGAAACAUAACUAUAUUUGAUAAGACAGAUUUAUAUUCACUAAGCUAUUUAGGUGGGAAUACAGCAUCUUCAGAUUUGAAUAAGGUAUUCCGAGAAUUUUAUGAAUCCAAGGAUCACUAUCAUAAGUUAGCCAUUGAAUCCCGAAAAAUAUUUGAAAAAUGGGAUCAAGAUUUACAAAAUUUAAAAAAUUCUGAAUUAAACGAGAAAUUAACCAGAUUGAAGAUCAUUGAUGAUUGUGGAUUAAUUAGAUUAGACUCGGAAAUUACAGAUUACGAAUUGAAUAAUCUUGAAACGUUUUCAAAAUCGGGUUUACGAGACACUCAAUUCGUGCUAGAUGAUCUUCAAGAUAUCAAACGGGCAAAUCAACAAGGGUGGGGUCAUAAAUUAGAUUUGUUUCCAUCGUUAAAAUAUAAGGGAGUUUUAGAUUCAACCAGUGGAAUUAUUUAUGCUUCAAGAGCUUGCACUUACGUUCAAUAUGUUUUAAGACUGCGUGGAGUAAAGUUCAUCACUGGAAGUGAAGCUGGUCAAGUUAAACAAAUUCUCGAAGAUGAUAACGGGGAAGUGAAAGGGAUUAGUACGUUUGACGGGAAACAUCAUUAUUCGGACUUGGUUAUUUUAGCAGCAGGACCGUGGUCAGCUAAACUUUUACCUCAAUUAACCAGAUUGAGUGAGGGUCAAUCUGGAAAUGUUAUUCAUUUGAAAGUUCCGCAAGUAAUUUCGUUACAAGCAAAGUAUAGUCCAGAAAACUUCCCGAUUUUAUUAUGGAAAGUAAAUCCAAAAUAUAGAAGUGGAAUUGGAAUUUUCCCCAUUACUAAACCAGAAGGAAUAAUGAAAAUCAUUGUAUUACAACCAAAGUUUAGAAAUCCGACACCAGUAAAUGAUCAACAGGCACCUUCUAUUCCAUUACACGAUGAGUCAAGGUUGACUAAAGUUAUAAUUACCAAGGUAAAACAAUUUAUACAAGAAUUUUUCCCAGAUUUAAUUGAACAUGGUGUAAAAAUAUCUAAAACGGAAGUUUUAUGGUAUACCGAUGUUAUAAAUAAUGAUUUUAUCAUAGAUUGGGUUCCCAAUAAAUCAAAUUUGAUUAUUAUGACUGGUGGAUCUGGUCAUGGAUUCAAAUUCUUACCAAACUUAGGAAAGUUUGUGGUAAAUCUUUUGCAUGGUGACGUUAAUAAUCAAUAUAAUCAAAUUUUUAAAUGGAGAAAUCCAGAAAUUUACGAAGAUGUCAAUGGAAUCAGAGAUAAUGAUCGUGUAUUGAGUGAGCAAGAAUUUGCAUCAAUUGAAGAUUUACAAUUGUGA